AACGUUCCGACGGGAAUAUUUGUGACGGACAAGGAAGCGUUACACUGGACCUAUUCCACGGCUAUGUGCUCGAAGGGGCGAUUUUAACCAUCUCUUGAGUGACGUGUCCCUAUCCAAAGACAUGGCAGAGCAAGAAAAAGAUCACCACCACACAGCAGAAGACAAGGGACCAGAAGCUCAGUCCACACAUAUGGCUAAUGUCUCAUCAUUUGAUGAGUGCAAACAGGAUAAGACCGAUAUUGUAAAGCUGCAACCCUCAGAAGAUUCCACCUUAUCCACAUCCACAAAUGAAGAGACUAACAACGACAAUGUGGUGCAGCCCGACGUUAAAAACAGUACUUCAGCUGAAGAGGGGAUGGUGCCUCCAAUAGAAAGAUCUUCACCUCCAGAAGACCACACAGCGCUGAAUGUGAAGGAUAACAGCAACCCUGAAGAAGGAAGCCGUGGUGAUUACGAGAGAGAGAUGCCAAGAAAUGAGCAAAAGCCCAUGACUGCGGAGAUUUCAAGAGAAUACCCCCCUGAAGAGAAGAAAGCACCAGACACAACCCUAGAUGACAAAAAGGAUGAUGAUCAAGUAGAUGGACCCGAUGAUGAGGAAACCCCAGACUCCAACGCCAUAAACCCUGAUGCUGAAGAGGAUGAGAGCUCCCCGGAGAAGGAAGACGAGGAUAUACCGGACCCCACACGGACAAAUGAAGAGGUUGAAAACAUUGGUCCGACCAUUAAUGGAAAACGUGGAAUGACAUACCUGAUAGCAGUCGGUUUGUUGGGGUUAGGGAUUGCCUUAUUGUGGCCGCAUCUCUUCCAAACCAAGUCUCCACCUCAGAAAGAUGGAGUGUGGCAAAUAGACACCUUCCGAAGGCAGUUGGAAGAGGUAAAGACUCAGUUCCCCAAUCAACGUGCAGCGCUCUGGCAGAGAAGCAAGAUCCACAUGCUGAGGCACCUCCAAACAGCCCAGCCCACAGAGCCGGUCAGUCUGAUCCUGACCGCAGGCCACAGAGGUGAGAAGACGCUGCACUGCUUGGCUCAGAGACUGGCCUUCGCCUUCUCCUCUUCUCUCAACGGCUCCGUCCUCGACAUCGACGGAGCCAGCAAAGCCAGCCAGGACAGCGACCAGGUCAAACUGGACAUAGACAGCAAGUUGCAGGGAGCUUUCGAAGGAGACCAACCCGUUGCCGUCAUUCACCGCUUCGAGGAGCUACCUCCAGGCUCCACUCUGAUUUUUUAUCGCUACUGCGACCACGAGAACGCUGCCUAUAAGAAGACUUGUCUGAUCUUCACAGUACUGUUGGGGGAGGAAGAGGAGAUUCCUGCCGAGACGCGUCUGAGUACUGUGGAAGAGCUGGUGGACGACCAGCUGCAGAAGAAGUUCCUCUCCGAUGGCCACCCGGUCUCUUUUGACAGGAUGGACCUUGACAAGUACAGUGGACUGUGGAGUCGUAUUUCUCAUCUCAUUCUGCCUGUGGCAGCCGAGGAAAGGAUAGAACGUGAAGGGUGCUAGGGGACAUCUAUAGUCACUCUUGAACUUUUAGUCCGAGCACUUAACUACCACUGAUCUCGCAGAUAUCUCACUGGGUGACUUGUCAUUCUGAGGCCAGAAGCAGUGGUUUUAAACACCCUACAGUUUCUUACAAUUGAUAAUAAUGAAGCUCACUACAGAUUAAGGAAUCAAGUAUAAAUGGGACACUUGGUAUUAUGAAACUUAUACUUUGGGUGUUUGUAAAAGAAAAGAAAUUAUUAAUCUCAGUGCUUUAUUCUUUAAGUACUUUGAUCAAAUGUAAUUAUAGAUAUAUUGCAGUUUCAACUGGGGGCUUUUGUGUAUCUCUACAAGACAGAGCUAUUAUUUUGGCAUCACAACACAUUAUUUUUAUGACAAAUAUCUUUUUCUGCAGUACUCAACUCUACAUGGCACCAGGUGACUUAAUCGUACUCACCAUGCUCCUUUUUAUAUUCACAUGAACACGCAUCACACAGAAGCUGUAUAUGAUCACGCUGCAGUUUGAUGAAAACAAGUGAAGGAAUUGGAUGUGCCUUAAAGUGUAAAUAAACAGGUAAUUUAAAAUGC